CGUAAUAUAAUAUGUUUUGAUGAGGAGAGACAGCACAGAUACAUUGACUAGAAUCAGAGAUGCGUGAAAAUUAUACUAAGCCAUACAUGUAUUUUUUUAUUUGAAUAACGUGUGUACAUUUACACGAAUAACAUUUGACGAUACAAUGGACAUAAAGAGCUCUGAAGAAAGCGACACAAAGACUAUUAAAAGUCUGUAUCAUGGACAAUAUCCUGAACCCAGCUGUGUGUCAAUGAAGAGUGACUGGUCAAUAGAAAAUCCACCUGUGUUUAGUAAAACAAUCUCUCCUGAUGAUGUGAACGACGAACAAUGUGAACCAAAGCCUGAAUCCAAAUUCAAUAGACAGAAGCUGCUAGACACCAUUUUUCAGGAACUUGAGCACAAAAUGAUUUCAUUGAUGAAAAAAGAGCUAAAGAGAUUCAAGGCCAUACUAAACCCAGAUUCCCCAGCAUGCUCUGAAAAAGAAGAUGAUGAUUAUGAUGAAGGUCAGACUCAGAACAGACUUGGACACAAAAUGCUUGAGAUCACGCUGCAUGUGCUGAGGAAGAUGAACCAGACAGACCUUGUUAAAACACUACAGACCAAACUUGCUCCACCGUAUCUGAAAAAACACAAAUACAGACUAAAGAAGAAAUUUCAGAUUAUUAAUGAAGGAAUCUCGAAUCAAGGAAGUUCAACAUUUCUGCAUGAGAUCUACACAGAGCUUUACAUCACAGAGGGAGGGAGCGGAGAGGUCAAUAAUGAACAUGAGGUGAGACAGAUUGAGACAUCAUCCAGAAGACCAGAGAUACAAGAAACACCAAUCAAGUGCAGUGACAUCUUUAAAUCCUUACCUGAACAAAACAAACCCAUCAGAAGUGUGCUGACUAAAGGAGUCGCUGGAAUUGGAAAAACAGUCUCUGUGCAGAAGUUCAUUCUGGAUUGGACUGAAGGAAAGGCGAAUCAGGAUGUUGACUUCAUAUUUCCACUUCCUUUCAGAGAACUGAACUUGAUCAAAGACAAGAAUCUCAGUCUGAUGGAUCUUCUUCAUCAAUUCUUCACAAAUACCAAAGAGCUGAGAUCCACAGACCUCAAUGACUACAAAGUCAUGUUCAUCUUUGAUGGUCUGGAUGAGUGUCGGCUUCCUCUGGACUUCCCAAACAAUCAAAGUUUGUUUGAUGUUACAAAAUCAGCAUCUCUGGAUGUGCUGCUGACAAACCUCAUCAAGGGGAAUCUGCUUCCUUCUGCCCUUAUCUGGAUAACAUCACGACCAGCCGCAGCCAAUAAGAUUCCUCCUGAGUGUAUUGACCAGGCCACUGAUGUACGAGGGUUCAAUGAUGCUCAGAAGGAUGAGUAUUUCAGGAAGAAAAUUAAUGAUCAGCGUCUGGCCAAUAAAAUCAUCAUGCAUAUCAAAUCAUCAAGAAGUUUGUACAUCAUGUGUCACAUCCCAGUCUUCUGCUGGAUUUCAGCCACUGUUCUAGAGAGAAUGCUGAGUGAAGCAGAGACUGCAGAGAUCCCAAAGACUCUUACUCAAAUGUUCGCACACUUCCUGAUCUUUCAAAUGAAACAAAAAUCUCAGAAGUAUGAUGGGAAAUGUGAACUAGAUCUCAAGGAGCUCAGAAAUACCAUCCAGUCACUGGGAAAGUUGGCUUUUGAACAACUGGAGAAAGGAAACCUGAUCUUCUAUGAGGAGGACUUGAUAGAGUGUGGCAUUGAUGUCAGAGAAGCAUCUGUGUAUUCAGGAGUUUGCACCCAGAUCUUCAAAGAAGAGUUUGGACUGCACCUCGGGAAGGUGUUCAGCUUUGUACAUCUGAGCAUCCAGGAGUUUCUGGCUGCUUUAUACAUGCUUAUCUGCUUUUCUCAACAAACAACAAAGCUGAUUCACAAAUCAACUCAGACUGAUUUACUGAAAAGUGAAGUGGACAAGGCCUUACAGAGUGAGAAUGGACACCUGGAUCUUUUUCUCAGAUUUCUCAUGGGUCUCUCGGUGAAGACCAAUCAGACGAUCUUGCAAGGUGUACUAAAGACAAGCAGCAGCUCCCACAGCAAUCAGAAAAUAAUCAAUUAUAUUAAGCAGAAGAUCUGGGAGAAUCCCUCUCCGGAGAAAUCCAUCAAUCUGUUUCACUGUCUGAAUGAACUGAAUGAUCAAUCUCUAGUGCAAGAAGUACAAAUGUACCUCAGCAAAAGAGCUGACAGACUUCUCUCUGGAGUCAAAUUGUCUCCUUCUCAUUGGUCGGCUCUGGUAUUUGUGUUGCUGAACUCAGAGGAAGAGCUGAAUGAGUUUACACUGAGUAAAUAUGAUCGAUCUGAAGAAGUUCUUCUGAGGCUGCUGCCUGUGGUCAAAGCAUCAACAAAAGCUAAUCUGAGUGGCUGUAAUCUCACCGAGAAAAGCUGUUCAGCUCUGACCUCCGUUCUCAGCUCAAACUCCUCAAAUCUUAGAGAUCUGAACCUGGGUGACAACAAUCUGGGUGAUUCAGGAGUGAAGCUGCUUUCUAUUGGACUGAAGGACCCUCUAUGUAAAAUUGAGAUAUUACAACUGCAAAACUGCAAAUUAACAGAGGAAGGUUUUGCUGCUCUGGUUUCAGGACUGAGAUCAAACGCCUCACACCUGAGAGAACUGAAUCUGGGCAAUAAUGAAAUAGGAGACUUGGAAAUUAAGCUGCUUUCUAAUUUUCUGGAGGAUCCGCACUGCAAACUAAAGAAACUACAACUGUUUAACUGCAGUAUUGGAGCUGAAGGUUGUGCUGCUCUUGCUUCAGCUCUGAGAUCAAACACGUCACACCUGAGGGAUCUUAAUAUGAGUUGUAAUAAACUAGAAGAUUCAGGAGUGAAGGUGCUUUUUUACCUAUUGGUGGAUCCACACUGUAAACUGGAGAAACUGCUAUUGUCUGAAUGCAGUAUUACAGAUGAAGGUUGUGCUGCUUUAGUUUCAGGCCUGAGAUCAAACCCCUCACAUCUGAGAGAACUGAAUCUGAACUAUAAUAACCUGGGAGACUCAGGAGUGAAACUGCUCUCUGAUGUACUGAAGGAUCCACACUGUAAACUGGAGAAACUACUGCUGUAUAACUGCAGCAUUGGAGCUGAAGGUUGUGCUGAUCUGGCUUCAGCUUUAAGAUCAAACCCCUCACAUCUGACAGAACUGAAUCUGGGCUGUAAUAAACUAGAAGGGCCAGGAUUGAAGCUGCUCUCUGAUUUAAAGACAGAUCUAGACUGUAAACUGCAGACACUAAACAUAAUGUAAUAAACAUCAAGAGCUACUUUAAUGCUUUCUACUGGACAAACACCAGCAGAACAACAGAGAUUUGUGGACUUGCACGGACAUGGGCAUUGGGCAGAUGACUUGACUGUCAAGUGUAUAUUGUACUUUAACAAUACAUAUAAGAGUAAGAAAUGCCACAUGACCAAUUAAAUGUUUUGCUUGUGUUUGUGUUUAUAUACACUAUACAGUAUGUGAUCUUUGACAUGGUCUUACUCAGUCAAUAUUAAAGAUAUCAAGGUUAUAUUUUUACACAAUGUUCUUUACAUAAUGUAGGAUGAUUUUUUGUAGAAAACAAUCACAAAAAAUGACCUUAGCAGUGAUGGUCACAUAUUGCCGCUUUAUGAUUUCACGCAGGAGGGAGGUUGUAUGUUACCCAGUCCAUAACACUCCCAUUUAAUUUAAAGCAACACUAUGUAGUUUCCAUGUAAAAAUGACUUACAGCUCCCCCAUGUGGUUGAAAAGCGCAACAGUGCCUGGUAUCAGACACUCUUCUGCAGGCAGGGGGAGGGGCGGGGCUGUGUGCUCUACCCUCCACUGCCACUUUCAGUGUGCUUGUAUCAGCUAGGAGGCUGCUCAGGUUGCAGCAACAGUAUAAUUUGUCCAGUUAAAAGUUGUUCUAUCACUGAAAUAAUUUUAGAGACAUUAUUUAAAGGUAAAAAAACUACAUAGUGUUGCUUUAACACAAUGUCUAUCAUUUUAGAAGGACCAUAAAAAAUUUCUGAAACAAA